AUGGCGGCGCACGGGGAGAGCGCGUCUAAAGGCACCCGUUUACCGGGAAGCGCUACCAGUUUCCAGAAGAAGUCUCGCAGUAAACUCAUUCAGAUUCCCGGAGCGAAAGCGUCCGUACACACGGGGCAGCUCACCGUCUCCUCCGGUGUCCCGUCACUGGACUGCGCUCUCGGAGGAGGACUGGCAGUGGGAAGCCUGCUGCUUAUCGAGGAGGAUGAGUAUGGCAGUUACUCGCGUACACUGUUGCAGUAUUUCUUGGCAGAAGGGGUGAUGUGUGGACAUGAACUCUUCAUUGCUUCUGCCCAAGAUCAUCCUGAUGACAUCAUAAAGGGUCUUCCGUCUCCCCUUCAGGAUGAAGACUCGGAGGUUAAAAUUUCAUCAUCAUCAAAUCCAGAACAUCAAGAUGCCAUGAAAAUCGCCUGGCGCUAUCAGAACCUUCCUAAGGUCCAGACUGUGCUCUCCUCGUCAUCCCGGUUUGGUCAUUACUAUGACCUCUCCAAACAUAUGGAGCAAGAUCUUCUGCAAAAUGCCAAGAUUCACACUUUUUACCUACCUGAGGAGGAAACGGCACCCUUACAUCACAGUGGUGUUCUUGGCCCUUAUGCUGAGUUGCUGCACUCUAUCCAGUUCUUAAUCAAACAAAAUGGGUUCGAUGGAUCAAAAUUACAGGUGAAGACUUGCAAUGUGCUGCGACUUGCUCUUUCCUCUCUGGGGUCUGUACUGUGGGGUGAUAAUGUGAGUGUUAGCUCCGCCCACAGCCACGCCCUGUUGAGCUUUCUUUAUGCCCUCCGAGCCCUCCUACGCGCCUCUCUUUCUGUUGCUAUGGUGACAGUACCCACUCACCUGACCAGGAAUAAAUUAAUAAGGGAAAGGAUAAUCAGGUUGAGUGACACAGCUGUCGCUUUGAGAUCAUUCUCAGAUGCAGAGAGAAACAGCAACCCUCUUUAUAAGGACUACCAUGGUCUUCUGCAUGUUAUACAGGUUCCUCGACUGAACUGUUUGGGGUGUGAAGUUCCAGAUACGAAGGACCUUGCAUUCAGGCUGAAGAGAAAACAGUUUACCAUUGAGAGGAUGUAUUUGCCCCCUGAUCUCUCUGACUCAGUAAGUCGGGUCAGUAAGGUACAGGUUACUCCGGUUUGUACUUCAGAAGGAAACAAACACCUGGACUUCUAGAGUAUCUCUCACCAUCAAAUAAAAUAAAAGACUUUAUCCAGAAAGAACAUAG